AACAGUUGGCUGCAUGAAAUUUGACAUUUUAUCCGGUGUUUUUUGUGCGGCUUCUCCAACGGUGUUUGUUUCUGGGAUUUUCUAAAAUUUUCUCUCUUUUCCUCGCAAAAUGGAAAUUAUUUCGUGCGGGAAAAACAUUCAGUUGCACAGUUUUCCAAAAUUAAAUACAAUUUCUACGUACGGGGGAAUAGUAACACACGGAAGCUAUGAUUUUCAAUUCUUCAGGAACAGCAAGUUUUUCAUAGCAUCCAAUCCACAAAUACCGGCUGUAGAAUAUUUCUCAUUGAAAUCUCAAGCGAAAAUAUCCCCAUUAAGAAAAAUCCGCACUGAAAAUCUUUGCUGUGUUGCUUGUCCGAAGAAUAGCCUGGAAUAUGUGGCUCUGGGAUUGUCCACAGGUCAAAUGCGUCUCAUUAAUUACAAGACUAAGGAGACUGCAUAUAGAUUUUUACCUCAGACUAUCAACAACAGUAUCAUCUGCUUGGAUUUCAGCGCAACGGAUGAUUACUUGGCAAGUACUUCAGAGACUGGAGAUAUCAGACUCUACGGGAUGAAGAGUUUCAUUGAGGUGGAUUCCUUUAACAUUGAUAAAAACUCGACAAUCACAAAAUUCCAUCCGACAAAGAGAUUCCAACUGACUGUUGCUUCCUACUUGGGCAGAGUUUCAAUCUACGAUGCACAGGUAAAGAAAAAGAUUUUUCAUUUGGACAAAGCACACACAAGUCCUUGCCGGGAUGUUGCUAUGUCCAGUGUCAAUGAUGCUUGCCUCUUUUCCGUUGGCUUCGAUUGCUACAUCAAUAUCUAUGAUACGAGAAAGAAAACAAUUGCUCAGCAAUUGAAAACUGAGCAUCCCCUCUCGGCCAUUGCACUCUCAGCCACGUCCCCGGAAUGUGUUGUUGGCAAUUUAAAGGGUGAACUAUUGAUGUUUGAUGUUAGAAGAAUGUCUGAGGCAUUCACAAAGGUGCAGGCCCAUGAGAGUCUUGUGACACGAUUGGCCUUUGUUCCGCCGGAAGGAACAGAAAUUGAUUUUCAAGCUACAUCGCCAUUGUGCGAAUCUAGGAAUGAGAGUGCUAGUGCAGUUGAUUCUGUUGGAUCACUCAAUGAAUCAGUGGAUGUUUUUAGUCUUAUGCCGAUCCUUGAGAAAAAUCGCGCUUCAAAUGAAUCCGCUCCAGGUCGUCGGGAUAGUUUUAUGGAUUUUCUCAAUGCUCAUAUGAGUUCGGUUGAAAAUUCGCGUCUCUCAAUGGACAGUGGAGAUCUCAGGGAGAAACGUCGUUCGAAGUCACGAUUGUCAGUGAGUCCAGGAGAUCAAACUUUUUAUCCAGAGACUAACAAUUCACAAGAUUUCUCUUUUGUGACCGUUAGAAAGAAGAGAUCUUCAGGACAGACAGAGCCAAAGUUAUCGGACAUCAAGGAGAUUGAGGAACAAGAGAAGAAGGAUAAGGAGGAUGAUGAAGUGCCUGAAAUCAUGGAAGAAAAUCUUGUGAUUAAUAAGAAUGAUAAUGGCAACAUUGAGGAGAAGGAGAGAACCAGUGAUGUGAAAGAAGAAAUCGUGGAGGCGAAUCUGUCAGUUAAUCAAAAUGAUGAUGGACAGAUAAAAUCCCCCCAUAGUUUCUCUCAAAUUCUCCCAGGUUAUCGCAACAGUACGCCCAAUAGGAUGGUGCCUGAUGCAGCGUCUCUUGCAGAAGUUGUUGAAGGCAUCAACAAGGAGAUGACCAAACAACUCAAAAUCACAGAAAAUGAACUGAAAUUUGAGAUGAACACUCUCAAGUGGCACACUUAUGGGGAAAUGUUCAGUCUGUGGCAGAGUCAAAAUCGUAUCAUUGAGAAGAUGAAUGAGAAGAUUGACGAUAUUUCAAAUGCAUUAGCCAUGAUACUGCAAACAGAAGAUUUCGUCAAUGAAUUUUCCCGACUGCAAGAAGAGAACGAUACCCUGAAGAGGCAACUGGCAAAAAUGGUGCAAAAUAGUAAAAACAACAUUUAGGGAAUGAAAUUGUUCUUCCAGUUUAUUUUAUUCCAUUAGCUUUGUUAAUUAUCUUUCCAUGCUCUUGUACAUUUGUGUAUUAUUAUUGCUUAGAAACGAACCUGUAAUAAUUUCAAGAGUUUUAUUUUUAAUAUAAAUAUAAUCAAUAAAAUUUAUUAUUUUAGAUAAAA